AUGUUCGCCGUAAAAGGAUGGUCAGUCGACUCGAGCGCACUCAAGACACAGCAAGCCGCUCAGCCCGCCGCCAAGAAACCUGAGGACGGCGCAAAUGCACCUUCGACGCAAACCAAGAAGAGAAAGAGAGGAGGCAAGGACAGAACCCCCAGAGAUGUGAACGACUCAAACGUAGGCGACCUCUGGGCUACAACAAUCGAGGGCAAGAAGGCGCCCAAGAAGCCCAAGAUUGAGAAGAAGGAGAAGGCUGAGGCUGGCGACGAGGCUGCUGCAGCUGGCGCAGAGUCCGAGAAGCCUGUAGCAGAUGGAGAGGAGAAGGCUGCCACACAAGAGAAGGAAAAGACAUCAGACAGCAAAAAGGCAAAGAACAAGAAGCGCCAAAAGCAAAGAGAAGAAAAGGAAAAGGCAGCCGCCUCAGCAGAUGCAUCCAAGGCCGUCGCCAACACACCCGCUGCUCCUCCCUCCCUGCCCGUCAACGCCAAACUCACACCGAUGCAAAUUGCUAUGCGCCAGAAGCUCAUCUCUGCCCGUUUCCGCCACUUGAACGAGACCCUCUAUACCGCUCCCUCGGCCACUUCGCUCGCUCUCUUCGCAGAGAACCCUGAAAUGUUCGACGACUACCACUCUGGUUUCCGCCAGCAGGUUACUACAUGGCCUGAGAAUCCCGUCGAUAUCUUCAUUCGCUCUAUUCGUGACCGCGCGAAGGUCAAGAGAGGAAAAGUACCCAAGGAAGAGGAAGAGCCAGCGACUGGUGAAAAGACAAACCCUCUACCUCGCACACAUGGUACUUGCAACAUUGCAGAUUUGGGCUGUGGUGAUGCAAGAUUAGCUGCGACCUUCCACGAAGACGGCAGCGGUACUCGCUACAACCUGAAGAUCUCGUCAUACGAUUUGCAAUCACCGAGCAAGUUUGUCACCAAAGCCGAUAUUGCGAACCUACCCUGUGCAGAUGGCAGUAUGGAUGUCGCCAUCUUCUGUUUGGCUUUGAUGGGAACGAAUUGGAUCGAUUUUAUCGAGGAGGCAUACAGAAUCUUGCACUGGAAGGGUGAACUGUGGAUUUCUGAGAUCAAGUCGAGAUUUGGAAGAGUCGGAGGUGACAAGGGCAAGGGUGGUCAGAAAGUUGUUGAGCACAGUGUGGGCAACCGCCGCAAAGCUGCUGCAAAGGCAAAGGCUGCGGAUGCUACACGUGCCAAACUUACCGCUGAGGAGGAAGAGGCAGCUCUGCGUGAGCACGUUGAUGAGGUGGUCAUGAAGAACGAAGAGACCGAUGUUUCUGGCUUCGUCGAAGUUCUGCGACGAAGAGGUUUUGUGCUCAAGGACGAGAAGUCUGUGGAUCUGAGCAACAAGAUGUUUGUCAAGAUGGAGUUCAUUAAGGCUGCUGCACCUGUGGUAGGCAAGAAUGUGCAAGCGGCUGGUGAAGAGAGGAAGGGCGAGAAUGGAACAUGGAAGCCCAAGUUCAAGAAGUUUGUCGAGGAAGAGACCAAGGAGGUCAGUGUCGAGGAUGAGACCAAGGUGCUCAAGCCCUGCCUGUACAAGAUUAGGUAG